ACGGAGGCUGUGCAACCUUGAGCAGGACUCAGGUACCUUGUACGAUCGCCAUGAAUUAACGACACGAGAAAAUGAUUGACCGAUCGACGCGCCUGCGGCGUGCAAUUCUCCUUAACGAUGUCUUAUUAGUCGAACGUAUUGUACGCAAUAAUCCAAAGCUUCUCCAAAACCCCGACUUCGCCGACAAAAGCAACACGAGUCUACACAUAGCAGCCUCUCAUGGCUUCACCGAGAUCGCCGGACUGCUCAUACGCUAUGGACAUGACGAGCACGAAAUCAGUCGCAACUCAGACCAUGACACGCCUUUGAUGUUAGCCGCGAAGAAUGGCCAUGUGGAAGUCGGAACUGUCCUGGCCAAGACGUUCCCAAGAUGCAUUCCCUACAGCGAUAAAGCAGGACUAGAUGCUCUAGCAAUGGCAGCUCAACAUCCGAACUCCACAGCCCUCAUACCCAUCUUACUCCAAGACUCCGACUUCCCUGCGAAUCCACAUGGUAGAGACCUCGACGGUAACACACCUCUCCACCACGCUUCCGCAUCAGGCAGUUUAAAAGCCCUCCGCAUCCUCCUCGCAGCAGGCGCAAAUCCUCUCGCGAAAAACAAUUACGACUGGACACCGCUCGCAUACAGCCAGACUGUUGCUGCGGAAGUUUAUUUCAAAAAUCUUGUGGCCGAGUCUGAGAGGAGGAAACAGGAAGGUGCAAAGGAGAAUGCGGAGAGGGAGAAGAUGAGGGCUGCUGGAGUGAGGAUUGUGGAGGAUGAUGGUGGGAUGAAGACGCCCGGGGAAGCCGAUGAGGAUGAGGUUAUUGGGGAUGCGUUGAAGAGACAUUGGAGUCCGGUAGAGAGGAGAAGGCCAGGCACACCGGGGAGUACGAGGACGCAUGAGUGGGGAAGUCCACCGAGUUUGAUGACACAUGUGAGGACUAGGAGUAGUAGUGGUGACUGA